CUCUGAGAAAGUCACUCUGAAAUGUGACAUUCAGAGCCAGCAGACUGAGUGGAGAUAUCAGUGGUACAGAGAUGGAGAGUCUCGUAACAGUGCAUCCUCCAGAAGCACAAAUGAGUUCACAAUCCCAGCUCUAGAUCUGUCACACAGGGGAAGAUACUACUGUAGAGGGGGAAUACCAGGAAGAGCUGUUUCCACUGAAAAGAGCAAAUAUGUGACACUGACUGUAGAUGCGCUCCCACCCAUGGUUCUGACUCUACAGACGAGUUGGACAAACUUCUUUAAUGGAGAGAGCGUGACUCUGCACUGUGACAUUCAGGGUGACUCCCCUUUGUGGGUGUAUAAAUGGUACAGAGGUGAAAAAGAACUUCCUGUGGACACGACUAAGGCCACCUAUGAGAUCCUGUCUGCUGAUCAGUCAGACUCAGGAACAUACACAUGUAAAGGACAGCAUAAAGAAAGAGUAUUGUAUACUGGCAGCAGCAAUACAAUUAAAGUGAAAGUUUCUGCUCGUCCUCAUGCUGUGCUGACCCUGGAGACUCCAUGGACAGGGAUCUUCAGGACAGACAGUCUGACACUGAGGUGUGAGGUUAAUGGGAGCCCGGCUAAGUGGAACUACACGUGGUACAGAGAUGGACAGAGUCUUCUACUGGACCCCAGCAGAGACAGACUCAUACUGACCUCAGCAAACGACUCCUACAACAGCGAAUAUAGUUGUAGAGGAAACAGAACAGACAGGCCAUCUUACACAGAGAUCAGCGAAGGAUUUAGAGAACGCAACAUUGAUCUGAAGCGCAAGAUCCUGGUGACCAGCUCAUUCUUAUUGGGGAUUAUCCUGAUUAUACUGGGAUGUAUAUGCCUGAGAAUGAAAAUGAAGUCAAGGAAGUCAACUUGCAAGACGACAGCGCAAAGCAACAUGUUUUUCUCAAAACCACCCACAGCAGUAGGUUCCUGGGGGCUGUGGUGCCAGAAGGGAGAUUUGGGUGCUGUCCACCAGGGUUAUACCACAGGGCCUACAGGCCACAGGGCGGCCUGUAGCGUUGUGGUUAAGACAUUUCAGAAAACCUGUACAGUGUCGUUGACGAUUUCACUGAUGUACAACAGUCCACUGGGGCAGAAGCUGAUUACAGCAUUGCACUUUAUUCCAUUGUCAACCUGGAGAAGAGGAAGGAAGUAUUCCCAAAAAAAAAGGAUCCGGAAGAAUUUACGUCAUUCAAAGCUGACCAGUGAAGGGAAAAACAUCUCAGUUGGGAACAUCACAGAUGGGUGUGAUCGCAAAGGAAAGCGUGAGGAUUUUAUUUAAUGCAGGAGAACUUCAUCCCAUGGUUCGGAGAUGAAUGUAGGUAAAUGGUAAAUGGUUGGCAUUUAUAUAGCGCCUUUAUCCAAAGCGCUGUACAAAUGAUGCUUCUCAUUCACCCAGUCAUACACACAUUCACAUACCAACGGCGAUUGGCUGCCAUGCAAGGCACCGACCAGCUCGUCAGGAGCAAAUAGGUUAGGUAGGUGUCUCGCUCAGGGACACUUCGACACAGCCCGGGCGGGAGAUCGAACCGGCAACCCUCCGACUGCCAGACAACUGCUCUUACUGCCUGAGCCAUGUCGCCCCCAUGGAUAGGUUUAUCCAUUACAUUACAUUAUUUGCAAGACAAUCCUCCCCUGGUGCAAUGCAGGGUUAAGGGCCUUGCUCAAGGGCCCAACAGCUGUGCGGAUCUUAUUGUGGCUACAACAGGAUUAGAACCACCUUAACCACUAUGCUACAGGAUGCCCCUGUAUCCAAUGCACAUAUCAUGCAAUGCAUAGAUUACCUUUAGGUAGGAUACGUGUACCUGAUUUAUUUUCAUUCUUUUUGCUUCUUAGUGAAUACAUGUGAAAUUAGAACAUUGAAGCUGUGACACAUUCCUUAGUUCUGAACAUUGUUUGAUUAUAUCCUUUUUUAAAUGAUCUAUUUUAGUAUUCUUUUCAAAAUGGCAUGAGAAAUCCAACAGGAAUUGGAAGACUUGCAGAUAUUUUGCUUAGCCAAAUCAUGUAAUGUUUUUGCUAAAGUAAUAUGCUUAUUAUGGUUUUAAUAGGAAUAUUGAUGAUCAUCUAGUGUCAGUUUUCAUGUACAAGCACACAAUAUUAAACAAACUGCAUCGUGCAAGCCUGCAUUUCCUUCAGCGAACAAUAGGUGGUGCCACUAGUUUAGAACCAAAAAUCCAGUGAUUGGACUUUUUGUGCAUCAGAAAGCUUUUAUUUGGAAUGCUAUGAAAAGGGAAAAAUUAGAUUAACUAGGCUAUAUGGUUAAGAGUGAGACAGGGUUUGCUCACCAUCUCAAAUGUGAAAGACAUAUUUAUUAUUGUACCCAGAUGCUAUUAAUUGGUUUUUACUUUGGAUAAUUGAGACAUUCACUUCAUUUAGGUAGAAUGGAACACUUUGUAGUUCAUACAGCAGUUCAGUGUUAGCCAGAUGAGAUAAAAACUGCCAUUUGAUUUGUUUUCUCUGUUCAUUUCUUCUUUAAGCAUUAUUUUUUUUCCCUCAACAUUUCCUCUUGACCAAUUCUUUUCUGCUAAAGUAUGUCUUGGGGAAGAAGAAAUCUGAAUGUGUGUGUGAUGACAUUUCUGUAAAGGGACUUCUGAUGAAUGGUCAUAGGUCAAAUGUCAAACAGGACUAUUAUUUAUGUGUCUUUGACGUGUGUUGUCUAUACUUUUUUUAAUCAGACUCUGCUAGUGAAUUAGGCAAAAAUGUAUUUUGAUAUUUGUGGGUUUUUUUAUAGAUGUAUUUUGCUUAAAAUAAAUAUGGAUUAAGGAA